AGACUCUCUCUAGUAGUAAUUGCUCGGAGAUCGUCACUAAAAUACAUUUAUAGGUUGCCAUGGAUUGUCAAAAUAACGUGUCAAUGAAUUGUGCUGCCAUUUUAAAGAAACAUAAAAAUGGGAGAUAAAAAAAAUGUCGUAGACGUCCCCAAAGUUGUUUUAAGAGAAGUUGUCGUAAAAGAACAUGAGGAUAGCGCAGAUUCGUCAGUGUCAGGGAGUUCAGUUGAUGAAAUCGAACCGUACAAACCAAGACAAGAAAUUCCCGCAGAAUAUUGGCACAUACAGAAGUUGAUGAAAUAUAUAAAAACCGGCAAUCAAUCUGCUACUGUGGUGUGCUUGUGUUGCUUGAGAGAUUACGAUUUAACGUCUGAAAUAAGCGUACUUGCUGUGCAGGAAAUAGGCGGUCUGGAAAUUCUGGUUAACCUAUUAGAAACCAAAGAUCUAAAAUGCAAACUAGCUGCGUGUGGGGUACUUUCCGAACUGUCAACAAACAUAGAUGUCCGAAAAUGCGUUACAGACCUCGGCGGAGUAGAACUUCUAGUCCAAAAUCUAGCUGAACCGGCACGAGAUCUUCAAGUUUUAGUAGCGGAAACCAUUUACAACGUAGCUCAGAUCAGGAAAGCGAGAAAACAUCUCAGAAAGUGCAACGGGAUACCGAAAUUGGUCGAUUUUCUUGACGUGAAAGAAUCUUUACUGAAAAUGUCUAGAGAUGAAUUGAGCGAAUAUGACAUGGAUCAAGUGCACGUGGCGAGAGCCGCGGCCAGAGCUCUUUGGUCCGUUUCUAGGAGUGCGAAAAAUAUACACGAAAUGCUGAAAUGUGGUGUUAUUACUUUACUGGCAAGACUUAUAAGAUGUGAUCAUAUGGACGUAGUAGUGCCCUCUGUAGGCACCAUAUCACAAUGCGCACAUAAUCCUCACUACCAAUUAGCAAUCCAAACUGAAGGAAUGGUAAAAGACAUUGUCAGGCAUCUAUUUCAAGAGGACGAACCACAAUUGAGAAGGUACUGCGCAGUAACUAUUUUUAAAUGUGGUCAUAACUCACUGAUCAGAGAGAUGGUUAGGCAAUCGGGUGGUCUAGAUCCUUUGGUAAAAAUGAUUCGGGAUACUAAAUCAAGAGAAGAUAAACCUUUGAUGACCGCUGUUACGGGAGCAAUUUGGAUGCUUGCGAAGACCAAAGAAAAUGUCCAGAGAUUUGACGUACUUAAAACUGUAGAGUGUCUGGUAAGAAUGUUAGAAAACAUUGACGAAGACGAAGACGUACUGAGCAACGUAGUGGGGGCGCUGAGCGAAUUCGUUAAAUUCGAACACAAUAGAGAGGCGUUAUUAAGGGCUGGGGGAAUCCCGUAUUUGGUCAAUUUAUUGAAUUACACGUAUACGCCUAUAUUGGAGAACGUACCUUUAGUACUGAGAGAAAGCGCAUACCAUGAAGAAUCGAUGGGUGUCAUAGAGGAUAUGGACGGAGUACGACUCGUUUGGUCGUUGUUGCGAAAUGAUAGUAAGAAGGUCCAAGCAAACUCCGCCUCGUGCCUUGUCCCUUGCGUACGAAACGCCUCUGAUUCGGGCGAAAUGGUGCGAUGUUUCGUCGGCGGUUUGGAACUCAUCGUCAAUCAAUUGAAAUCCGACGACAAUCACGUGCUGGCGUGCACGUGUGCCGCCAUAGCCGAAGUCGCCCAAGAUAUUCAAAAUUUGGCCAUCAUCACCGACCAUGGAGUCGUACCGCUGCUAGUCAAUUUGGUACCGACCGAAGACGUGGAACUCAGAGAACAUUUAGCAUCGGCGAUUGCGUACUGUUCGGCUUGGGGAUCCAAUUGCAAAAUGUUUGGAAGACUCGGUGCUAUAACCCCUCUGGUUCAAUAUAUGGCAGAUGAUGACCCAAACGUGCAUCGUACUACGGCUUUAGCACUGUUUCACCUUUCGAAGAAUGCUUUUAAUUGCAUCACCAUGCACGAAAGUGGUGUCAUGAUGUUUCUCCUCAGGGCGGUUUCGUCUAGGGAUCACAAGCUGCAAGAAGCUGCUGCAGGAUGUUUGGCCAAUAUCAGAAAGUUGGCUUUGGAAGCUGAAACCGUUCAUUUGAUUAGAGACAGAGGGGAUUCGUCUGACGAAGGUUGAUUUGAAGUAGACUGUAUAAUAUAUUUUAAAAUGUACUUAUUUAAUUAUUUAUGUAAAAUAUUUUUAUCGAUAAUAAAUUAUCUACCAGUGUAA